AUAACCCCUUCUUUGGUAAUUCGUUGCUGAUAAAUUAGGAAAAUUCCCGUAAAAUCUAGUAAAGUUUGGUCACGUACGUGGUUCUAAGGGGGGUUAGGAUGAAUUUGGGCGUUUCWUUGCUCACUUUCCUAGUGARUGUCGCCGUAACUACAGGACGAUCCAUCAGCAACAACGACAAAGAUGGAAAGAAAAAAACCUCGGCAAUCGACCUCGGCUUCCUGAUUGAGAACCCUGGUAACGAGGGAACGGAAGGAGAAGAACCGUUGAAGGGUGUGAAAGACGCCUUCCUUCAGUCUAGAGACUUCGUACAAGAUCUCGCCAAGUAUUUCAAGGUCUCAGUUUCAGGGGCUCAUKURGGUGUAGUUACGUAUGGAACAGAACCAUAUAUGGCAUUCGACUUUAACGAACAUCUUAGCAAUCAACAAGUGAAAGACGCUUUGAGCGGACUAACUCGGCCUAGUCGAGGAAGUAAAGUCACGAAGGCCUUGAAGUUUGUCAGAGAUCAGCUCUUUGAAGGAAGUGCUCGCCCAGAUGCACGUAAAAUCUUGAUUAUUCUAGCCUCYAAGGGUGSUCGUGGUGAUCUGCCUAGAAUUGCUGAUCAGCUCAAGAAAUCUGGCGUUACUAUAUACUCUAUCGCUGUUGAUAGUACUAAACUCGGAGCRAUCUCGCUGAACGAUGUGGUGUCUGAUCCCAUUAAAAAUCAUCGAUUUAAAUCAGACUCAACGAAUUUAAGAGGUCUAGUUACAAAGAUGAAGGACCUUAUUCUGAAUCCAAAGCCCAAAAGAAAGUCGAGUGUGCUUGAACGUCUUCAGAACAUCAAUGCUUCCGAUACAAUGAAAGAUGCUCCUGAACAUAUCGAGCCUAAGGAUAUGAAGUGGGUAGAUAUUUCGAAUUAUKACCAAAAAGACACCAAACAACCACAGGAUAUUCCAAACCAAGUUGUUUCGUCAAAGGAUCCUACUGACCAUUCAACACCAAUGCUCCCUGAUGGACACGAUAAUCCUACCACACCUGAGGUCCCCCAAGAUGAACCGAAAAGUCCCGACGUUCCAUCAGAGGUCCCUGAAAGAAAUGGUGCUCAAAACGAUACGCCUAAAGUUAAUAAGGUUUUAGAAAAUGACCCUAAAGAUCCUGCUAAUGAACAUCCAGAAGAUGUACCUAAAGUUUCUAAGAGCCCAGAAGAUAUUCGUAGAGUUCACGAAGUUUCAGAAAAUGUCCCUAAAGAUCCUGCCAAUGGACAUCCAGAAGAUGUACCUAAAGUUUCUAAGAGUCCAGGAGAUAUUCCUAAAGUUCACGACGUUUCAGAAAAUGUCCCUAAUAUUCCUGAAAAUGCACAAGAUACUCCAAAUGUUCCUAAUGAUUCUGAGGAGACUGAAGUUCCACAUGACACACCUAAAGUAGAUGACCUUCACGAACCUAACGUCAAAAAAGACAUCUCUAAAGUUUCUAAAGUUUCAGAAGAUACGCCUAAAGCUCCAGAAAUUCCAAAAGACUCCCUGGAAGAGCCUAAAACGCACAAAAAAGUCCCUAAAGUGCGGAAUCAUAGCCCAAGUGGGCCAGGAAUGACAACUACUGAGCCCAGUGAUACACCAAAUGAUCCAAAGGAGCCAAACGAUACACCAAAGAAUGGCUCAGUAGGUCACCUUCCAGAUGUGUCACCAGAGUUAGAAUCCACAAGCACGCUAAACUUUACUCAAGAUGAGCUGCCAGAAACAAGGACAAUCAAGUCAGCAGGAUAUAGACCUUCCCCUACUGCUCAAGUUAGUAAUCCAACCAUGUCCAGUGAUGCUCUUCCAAAGUUUGGAAAUUCACAGGAACCAGCUAAAUUAUCGACACCCAAAGAUGCAGAUCCAAUGAAAGCAGAGCCGGUCAUGGCAUCUAGUGAACUGCCGUCGAGAAACGAACCAAGUGCUGAAAAAAAAAUAACUACUGGACAACCAGAUAAGGAAUCGUCCUCUAAGUCGCUUCCGGAUGCCCCUGCCCCAGACAUCGAUAUGCCAAAAACCCAAGCUCUAGCUYCGAAAGCGUCUAAACAAGCAAAACAGACGGACAAUCCCACUCCAGAGAAGACCAAUGAGCCCAGUCCGGAGACCUCUACAGAAUCUGGUCCAGACAGCCCAGCUUCACCGAAAGAAUCCAAUUCAGACAAUCCAAAUUCAGAAGUACCAAAUCCAGACAAUACAGUAGAAGAAACUUCAAAUAAACCUAGCCCCGAUAGUUCUCCUGAACAGACUCCAAAGGACAAAAGUCCAGACAGUCCCAUUGAAGAGACCCCAAAGGAACAAAGUCCAGACAGUCCCAUUGAAGAGACCCCAAAGGAACAAAGUCCAGACAGUCCCAUUGAAGAGACAUCAAAGGAACAAAGUCCAGAUAGUCCUGAACCAAAACCUCCUAAAGAUUCAAACAAAGACAAACCAGCUGAAGAAAAGCCCAAAAAGAAGAAAAUCCAAAAAUCCAAAACAAAAUCAGAUGUGGUGAAAUCUGGAAAAUCAGAGGAAAAAAUAACGCCAGAUAUGCCCAUGUCAGGACUUCCUGUAGAAGAGCUACCAUCGGACCUACCUCCUCCAGAUAGUCCUCCACCAGUGAAAGCUAAAAAAAUAAGCACCAAGAAAGGUCAACCGAAAGAUAAGACUCCAAAGAGUCCUUCUCAGGAGACACCUAAUGAGCCAAGUCCAGACAGCACCAAAAUAGAAACACCGAAAAAGAUAAGUCCAAAUACCCCUGCUACAGAAACACCAGAGACAAAUCAAGAUAACAGUGCUGAAGAGACACCUAAAGAACCGAGUCCAGAUAGUCCUGCURCAGAGGAGGCUAAUGAGGAAAGCCCAGAUGGUCCAGGUCAAGAAGGUCCUGAUGAGUCAAGUCCAGAUAGUCCAGAUCAAGACAAAUCCAAGAAGUCAUCCACUAAAAAAUCAUCGCCUAAAAAACCUAAAGGAAAAAAACGAAAGWUUUCUAAAAAAAASAAAAGUGAGUKGAUCCRAUAAUUCUUUCAAAGUUUGAAUUGGAAAUCAGAAUGUUAAUG